AUGGAAGACCAACAACAAUGUGUGAAACCAAAACUAUUAGAGUCACCACUACCUAUAGUGGCCAUGAUGCCAAGCUCAGGCAUGGGACAUCUAAUCCCAAUGAUCGAGUUCGCAAAGAGACUAACUUGCCACCACAACCUCGCCGUCACAUUCAUCAUUCCCACCGACGGCCCUCCCUCCAAGGCACAAACCACCGUCCUCCGCUCCCUCCCCCGUGCCAUUUCCCACAUCUUCCUCCCUCCGGUCACACUCUCGGACCUCCCACUCGACACCAAAGUCGGUUCCCUCAUCUGCAACAUUGUCCUCCGCUCUCUCCCUUCUCUCCGUCGCGCCCUCCUCUCCCUCACCGCCACCCAUCGCGUCGCCGCCUUCGUCGUCGACUUCAUAGGCACCGACGCCUUCGAUGUCAUCAGAGAAUUCAAUGUCCCCCCAUACAUCUUCUUCCCUUCCACCGCCAUGUUCUUGUCAUUCUCCUUCUACGUGCCUCAAUUGGACAAAGCGGUUCAGUGCGAGUUCAGGGACCUCCCUGAACCGGUCCAGAUUCCCGGUUGCGUUCCGGUUCACGGAAAAGACUUGGUGGACGGUGCUUAUCACCGGAAUAGCGAUUGCUACAAGUGGCUUCUCCACCACUCCAAGCGAUUCAGCAUGGCAGAGGGGAUCAUAGAGAACAGUUUCUAUGAGCUUGAACCGGAGACCAUCGAGUUUUUACAUAGUGACGAACCGGGUAGACCGCCGAUUUAUCCGGUCGGACCGCUGGUGAAUGAGGAUAGUCCUCAAACCGGGGACGAAGAGUGUUUAAGGUGGUUGGAUGAGCAGCCACGUGGCAGUGUCAUAUUCGUGUGUUUUGGUAGUGGUGGAACCCUUUCUAGUGCUCAGAUGAAUGAACUUGCUUUGGGGUUGGAAAUGAGUGAGCAAAGGUUUUUAUGGGUUGUGAAGAGCCCAAAUGAGAAGAUUGCUAAUGCUUCUUAUUUCAUUGUUGAUAGUCACAGUGACCCUUUUGAUUUCUUGCCAAAAGGGUUCGUUGAAAGGACCAAAGAGAGGGGUUUAGUGGUGCCAUCUUGGGCCCCACAGGCUCAGGUCCUGAGCCAUGAGUCCAUUGGGGGGUUCUUGACCCAUUGUGGUUGGAACUCAAUACUUGAGAGUGUGGUGAAUGGGGUGCCCUUGGUUGCAUGGCCACUAUACGCUGAGCAAACAAUGAAUGCCGUUUUGGUUACCCAAGAUAUGAGAGUGGCACUAAGGCCUAAGGUUAAUGAGAAUGGUUUGGUUGAAAGGGAAGAAAUUGGUAGUGUUGUGAAGAACCUUAUGGAGGGUGAGGAAGGUAAGAAACUUCGUUACCGAAUGAAGGAUCUUAAGGUGGCAGCUGAUAAAGCUCUAGGUGAAAAUGGAUCUUCAACGAAGCAAAUCUCCCUGUUGGCUCUUAAGUGGCAGGGCAAGACAACUGUGACAAAUUGA